AUAUAGCUUAGAGUAUUUGCAAGUUAAAGCCUUCCCCUUUCAUCUUUCGAUCCAAUCCUUCUACCGUUCCUUGUUUGCAAUUUGCUUUGCACUUUCUUUCUUCUGUUUCGUAUCCAACUCCUUCAUCUUUGCAACCUUCUUCUCUUGUGUUCAAGAACUCUUCUUGUCCAUUGUUUGCUUUUACUUCCCUUUUCAUCUUUCUUUAAGCCUUUCUUUACCAAAAACCCCAAAAGAAAGACAUGGCUAUGGUGGGAGAAGCUUUUCUCUCUGCUUCCAUUGAGGUGCUGCUUGAUAGGAUUGUUUCUAGGGAUGUCCUGAGGCUUAUCAAAGGAAAGAAACUUGAAGCUAUGCUGCUGAAGAAACUGAAGCCAACCUUGAUGUCGGUGAAAGCUGUGUUGGAUGAUGCUGAAAAUAAGCAGAUUACCAACUCAAAUGUCAAAAGUUGGACUGAUGAGCUCAAAGAUGCUGUUUAUGAUGCCGAGGACCUCCUGGACGAGAUCUCUACUGAAGCUCUUCGGAACAAGAUCGAAUCCGAAUAUCAAACUACUGUUAUGAACCAGGUUAGUAGCUUUUUCUCUUCUUUCAAUCCUUUCAAAGAUGGGAUGCAGUCCAAGCUGGAGAAUAUCCUUGGGAGACUAGACAAUCUACUCAAUCAAAAACAGAUUCUGGGUCUGAAAGAAAACUUUAAAGGAGAAAACGCAUUUCAAAGAACGCCUGCAACUUGUUUGGUGGAGGAGUCUGAUGUUUGUGGCAGAGAUGAUGAAAAAGAAGAAAUCAUGAAGUUGUUGGAUCCUCAAAAUCUGUAUGAAAAUCAGAUAGAUGUGAUUCCCAUUGUGGGUAUGGGCGGGCUUGGCAAAACCACCCUUGCCCAAUUGAUCUACAAUGACCCCAGAGUGGAUAAGUGGUUUCACCCCAAAGCAUGGGUGUGCGUUUCAGAGGAAUUUGAUGCUUUCAAGGUAACCAAAACCAUUCUUGAAGAGAUCAAAUGUAGCUGUGAUGGAAACCAGAACUUAAAUCAGCUUCAACUUAAACUCAAAGAGCAGCUGUAGGGAAAGAAAUAUCUAAUCAUUUUGGAUGAUGUUUGGAUCAAGAAUUAUGUUCAUUGGAAAGAGCUUGCAAGUCCCUUCACUUCUGGGGCCAAGAAUAGCAAGAUUGUUGUAACAACACGUGAUGAAAACGUUGCAGCAAUCAUGAGGAACGUUCCAACUUAUCAUUUAGAUGUGUUAUCUGCUGAUGAUUGUUGGAAGUUAUUUGCAAAGCAUGCAUUUGAUGGUUCAAGCCCCACCAAGCAUCCAGAUCUGAUGGAAACCGGUGAAGCAAUUGUUAAAAGAUGUGGCGGUCUCCCUUUGGCUGCAAAAACUCUUGGAGGUCUUCUGCGUUGCAAACCAGAUGCUGAUGAGUGGAACAAAAUAUUACAUAGCAAUUUUUGGGACAUUCCAAAUGAUGCUAGUAAUAUUCUUCCGGCGUUAACAUUAAGUUAUCAUUAUCUUCCUUCACAUUUAAAGAGAUGUUUUGCUUAUUGUUCAAUUUUCCCUAAAGAUUACGAAUUCAAAAAAAAAGAACUUAUUCAAUUAUGGAUGGCUGACGGACUUUUAAAGCUUUCGAAAGAUAAUGGAGAUCCGGAAGAACUGGGUAACGAGUACUUCAAAGAUUUGAGAUUGAGGUCCUUUUUUCAACAGUCAAAAGGAAAGAAAUCUUGUUUUGUCAUGCAUGAUCUAAUUAGUGACUUGGCUAAAUCUGUCACCGGAGAAUUCAUCUGCAGAUUGGAAGGGAGUGGUGGUUCUUGUGUAAUAACUGAAAAGACCCGUCAAUUGUCCAAUGUCCAAGAACAAUAUGAUGUGCGGCAAAAAUUUCAAAGUCUACCUAAAGCAAAAGGUCUGCGUACUUUCUUAAACCUGAAGUCUUCUUUCUAUUGCCCAUAUGUUAGCAAUGUGCUAAUGCACGAUUUGCUGAUGAAAUCAAGCUUACGAAUGCUUUCUUUGGCUGGAUAUGAUAAUAUCAAAGAAUUGCCAAAAGAAAUUAGUAACUUGAAGCAUCUACGAAAUUUGAAUCUCUCAAAAACUUCAAUCAGAAGGUUGCCAAAUUCUGUGUGUACAUUGUAUAAUUUGCAAGCAUUGACAUUGCAUGGAUGCAGUGACCUUGUUGAGUUGCCGAGAGACAUGGGGAGAUUGAUCAACAUGCUUUAUCUUGAUAUUAGGAAAACAAAGUUAACUAGGAUGCCGGAAGGAAUGGGUAAGUUGAAAGAUAUUCGAAUCUUAACAGAUUUUGUUUUGGGUGAUCAAACUGGUUCAAGCAUUAAAGAGUUGGGAAAGCUCAAGCAUUUACGUGGAAGACUUGCCAUUUCAAGACUGAAAAAUGUUGUAAAUGCCAGGGAUGCCAAAGAUGCCAAUUUGAAGGAUAAAGUUAAUCUUAAGGAGUUGAAGUUGACAUGGGAUGAAUAUGAUGAUAUUGAUGGUGACUCAAAGCAUGAUAGAGAAGUAUUGGAGCAACUGGAGCCUAAUGCAAACUUGAAGCAUCUAGUUAUCGGAAGUUACAAAGGCACGAGAUUUCCAGAAUGGGUGGGGCAUUUUUCAUUCUCAAAUAUGGUAGCUUUGGAGUUGCAAGACUGUAAAUUUUGCAUAUCUUUGCCGUCGCUUGGCCAGUUAUCAUCUUUGAAAUCUCUCUCCAUUUCUGGAUUUAGCGGAGUUGUAAUGAUUGGUGAGGAGUUCUACAGUAAUGGACAAGCUUCGACUAAACCAUUUGGAUCUCUUGAAAUCCUAGUGUUUGAGAAAAUGGCUGGGUGGGAAGAAUGGUUGUGUAGGAGUGAUGAAGCUUUCUCCCUUCUGCAAGAGCUAUGCAUCAAGGAUUGUCCGAAGCUAAUCAAGUCUCUGCCCAAACACCUCCCCUCUUUAAAGAAAUUGAAGAUUGCAAAUUGUGAGAAGCUUGAAUGUCUUCUCCCAGGGACACCAAGCAUUUCUGAACUUGAGUUAGAAAAAUGUGAUGCAUUGCAAUUGGAGCCAUUGCCUUGUGGGCUUCGAAAGUUGGGCAUCGAAGGUUUGAAUUUGAAUGAUUCCAUAUUGGAACAGAUGUUGCAACACUGCACUCAUCUCGACAAGUUAACUAUCUCAAAUUGUUCUGAUAUCAGAUCCCUUCCUGAGGAUAGUGUGUCUAUUACACUGAGAGAUCUGUGCAUCCACAGGUGCGAAGAUUUUGAUUUUUCCAAAAUCUUCUUGUAUACAUUCCUUGAAUCUAUGAAGAUAGACAAGAUGAAGUGUGGUCAACUAGAAUCUUUCCCAUUAGGAUCGUUUCCUAUGCUAAAGCAUGUUGAAAUUUGGAGAUGUAAAGAGUUGAAGUUUAUUAGUGCUGCUUUAGAGGGCUCUCACCACCAGCAUCUAACAUGUCUCGAUUCUUUGGAUAUAAGGUCCUGCCAAAAUUUUAUAUCUUUUCAAAUUGAAGAUGGAUUAUCUGUCACCAAUUUGACCCGACUUGCGCUUUGGAGUUGCGAAAGUCUAAAGUCAUUACCAGAGCAAAUGCACUCUGUCUUUCCAUCCCUUGAGGUUUUGAACAUAAUUGAUUGUCCAAAAAUAGAGAGGGUUCCAAAAGAGGGUUUGCCCUCCAAAUUAAAACAAAUUACAAUCUUUAUGAGUGAUAAACUAAUUGAGAGCUUGAUUAGGAAAAGGGAAUGGAGUUUGCAUACACUCCCUUCUCUUACAUACUUUUCUUUGUCAUAUUCAGGAGUAGAGAUGGAGUGUUUUCCAGAUGAACAUCUGCUUCCCUCUUCUCUUACAUCUCUCAGGAUCAAUGAUCUUCCAAAUCUAAAGAGUUUGGAGUAUAAGGGGUUUCAACACCUCACCUCUCUUUGCGAUUUGUUGAUACGGGGUUGUCCCAAGCUCCAAUCCAUGCCCCCAAACAUGCUCCCUCCCUCUCUUUCUUGUUUGGAAAUUCGGGAUUGUCCUUUGCUGGAGGAACGUUGUGAAAAGGAGAAAGGCAAAGAUUGGGCCAACAUUUCCCACAUCCCUGUCAUUCAAAUUGGCAGUGAACUCAUGAUAUAGAAGGGGCGGUGAGUGAGAAAAGAAGAAGUCCAGAGGCGGGUAUUGCAUUAAUAUUUGGAUAGAGAUGAAAGAAAAAGUGAGAUUUGUAAGUUUGGUAGACGUAGAAGAGGAAGUUAUGUUGAAGUUGGAAUUACAGAAUACCACCACCAUGCUGAUUCCUGAUUGGCAUCCAAAUGAUUUACUAAGUGAAUUAUUUUUAUCAUUUUUCAUGGAAUAUCUUUAUCUUUUAUUUAGUAUUAUUACCAUUAACAUUAAGGUGUGUAUUAAAGUAAAAUUAUUUAAUUGAUUUAUUUUUAUUUAAAGAUAUAUAAAUAAAUUGUAAUUCAAUGAAAUAAAUUAAAUUUAUAACUUUUGCUAAUAAAAA